AUGGGCGGCAGUGAUGAGGCGGCGUCCAUGUCAGCAUCCACGUUGUCGACGCGGCAGUUGCAGGCGUCAUCGUCACGCCCUGCAAAGAGACAAGGGGAUCGGGUCGUCUCGCUGCAGUGCCCGCACUGCCCUCGCGUCAUCACCGGUGUGCCGAGCAGGAGCAUCCGCACCAACUACAACCGCCACCUUCUCACACAUACGAAGGAGCGGCCAUACCAGUGCGAGUUCUGCCUCGCGCAGUUUACAACCAGCACCAACCGACGCCGGCACGUUUUGCGACUUCAUCCGGAGCUGAUCACGACAUGGUCGACCCCAACCACCGCGGCGUCUUCGGGGCACGAGACACACCUUGAACCGAGUGAUGCAAGUGCCGUGGGGAGUGCCGCAGCGGGGACGGAAGCGGGGGCCUCACCGGCGACGGUCGGUUUUGCUUGUCGCUUCUGCGGCACGGAGUUGUCGUGCAAGGGGUCGCGGACAAUUCACGAGCGCCGUUGCUCUUCAAGACCAUGCCCACCGAGGGUGCUCCCCAAGCAUUUGUCCCUGAAGCCUUCUGCAUCGAAUGUAGCGACAUCUUCUGCGGAGCAGACAGACGAUCCGGCCGAUACAAUCUUCUUGUGCCCCAACUGCGAGCAGGAGCUCUCUAGUCGCCAGCAUGUCAAACGCCACCUGAGGUGCUACUGCCCCUUUCGCGAGGAUGCGUUUGCGUCCGACAGUGGGGAUGACGUUGACGGGGGGGAUGAGGGGGUGGUGCGACUUGGAGCGCGGUCAGUAACCAAACGUAGUCGCCGUAUUCUUUCAAAGCGCCGUGCAGGAUCCGCAGAACGCUUCAAAGGCCGACCGCGACACGAGGGAGUGGGUGCGUUUUUUUCGGAGGAGGUGGAUUCAACCGCACUUCGUGCGGCGGAGGUUUUAGUGCCGCCAGCCACUUACGGACAAUCGCAGACCAACACAACCGUCACUUGCCCGUAUGAUGAUUGCAUGGCAACCUUUGCUUCUCGCACACGGUGGCUGGCACACGUUGCGCGUCGCCACCCCAAAGAACUUCUGCAGGAAGCGAGGGUGGGCGCAUGCCCAUGA